UCUGAUAUGUAUAAUUCUCAUCGUGUGAAUUGGUGUGUAUGUUUUUUUUACACAUGGUUAGUUAUUUUAAAAGCUAUGCCCACUUUCAAAAUCAGUAGGGGUAUGUAAAUAUUUCAAUUAUUUUACUGUUUUGUGACUAUAAAGGUGGUUCUGAUUGAUUAUUUAGUGUAUAAUUAGGGAAUGUGAAGAUGAUAGAAAACUGAUUUAAAGUAGGCAAUGUAGUUUAUUUGUUUGGGCAAUGGUUGUAGUUUGUGAAAUCAAGUUUGUGUUUUUGUUCAUUUUAAGGGCGCAUGUUUGAUGUGAAAUAAAUUUGGAGGUAAGUUAAAAUUUUCUUUAUUGAUGGUAGGUUAUUAUGGAUAAAAAGAAGUUAAGCAAAAUAUUAUUGGCAUUGAUUUCACACGAGGCUGAAAUGAAAGUAUUUAAACACGAACUUGCUUCUAUAAGGCAUGAUGUUUUAGAGUUACUUCAUAAUUCGUUAAGAGACGUUGAAGAUGAGAUUAUGUUAGACAAAUUGGUUGAGGAAGCUAUGCGGAUAAUGAUGAAGGUGGAAAGUUGGAACGUGAGUUUAAAUAAUCCUUUCUCUCAAUCGAAGGUGAAUGUUGCAGAUAAAUUAUUGGGAAGCAUUUCUUCCGAUACUAUGAAUGUUUUGAUUGGAGAUCUGGAUUUUCGGCUGAGUGGUGAAGGUGCUACUAAUGUUGACAGUGCUGGAGUUGACUUGCAUCCAGGUGGGUUUGUUGAUAGAAACUUUGUAGAGGAUGAGGGGUUGUUUCAUAAUAUGGGUCCGGUUGAUAAUUUGGAAAUUGAAGGACAGGAUAUUUGGUUAGUUUCGUUGAAUGGGAAAAGCGGAGAGGAUGACACGCAAUUUAAUAGUUCAGAUGAAGUUAUAUUGUCAAAUGCAUGUGCCAACUUCGAGUCAGGUGAUUUGAAGCUGAAGCUUCAUUCUGAGGAUGAAUACCAUUUAAAUAUUUUGAAAGUUGAUGAGGUAGAUGUAAAAGAAAAGGUGAGCGAUGAAUGUUACACAAUAGUUACGCCAAGGAAUUUGGUUGAGGUAGAAGUUGCGGGUGGAGAUAUUGAUGUUGUAGGAGAUUUGGUAGAUGCGGCGGUGAAUAAUAAUUUGGCUAAGGCAACAUUUCAAGAGGAACAAUUGGAAAAGUGUAGUCCUCGUAUGUGUAUAGAAAAUCGUAUGUCUACUGAGGAAAUAUUUGAUAGUAAUUUAGUGAAUACGGGUGCUGAAUUAGGUGACUUUUGUACGCAUCUUGAUGGAAUCACGAAUAUGUUGACCUUCGGGAAGAGAAGAUCCAACACUAGAUUUUCCAGUGUGGAGGAUGAAAUAAGAUGGCACUUCAAAGAUGAGAUGGAGUUGGUCCUUCAAUACGGUGGUUCUGGAUUUGAUUGUCAUAUGUUCGAUGUGAGAGACAAUGAAAUUGGAUUCUUUAAUGCGCCACCGCUUCUAGGUUCUUUAUUCCCAGCAAGGAUAAUUAAUCGUGGGGUGUGGGGAGAUCUGGAAGAUUUACAUGACUGGGAGAAAGUUAUUGUGAAUUAUGUUCUUGACCCAACUUUGUCGGCCAAUGAGAUUGUAUUUCUUGGGGAUAAAGUGAUUGGGAGGAGGGCGGACUUUCUAACAUUGAAUGCACAUCAACUGGUUAGCGCUAGAGUUGUAAAUUGUUUAGUGGAGAUUUUAUCAGCAGAGGAGGUUCAUGGACGUGGUAAGAGGAGAAGGUGUUGGUGGAUUCCGACAGUGUUAUCGCGUCCUAAUCCGUACAAUUUUUCUACUAAGAGCGAAGGAAAAAAAUGGGAAGAGUGGUGUGGAGAAGUUGGUGAUUGUGAGAAGGCAUAUGCUCCUGUGCUCUCAAAGAGACAUUGGUUUCUGGCAAUUUUGAAGUUCGAAAAGAAUCUUGUUGAAUUGUAUGAUAACCUCAAAAUUCCUUCGACACCAUUUGGUCUUGCUAUAAUUGAGAAUAUGUUGGAGUCAAUGGACAAUGCAUUUAGUAAGACGUUGAAGGAGGUGCGAGGGAGUGAUUUCUAUUUCCGGGGUUUUCAUAUUGAGCAACCUGUAUCUCACAGCAAAGAGUGCGUACAUUACGACUGCGGUGUGUAUGUGAUGAAGAUGCUUCUGCAAGAAUAUGUGCCUGAAGUUCUAAGGCGACGAACAUAUGAUAAAAUAGAUGAUUUGGAACUUGGGAAAUGUGUAAGGAGUGGACCAACUAAUGUGGCGACCGAGUGGGAUAGGCAACUUAUUGCAGGUAGAAUAUUGACUUCCGGCAUUAAUAGAGUAAGAGAUAAUCUAAUUGAAAAGGCAUCCAAAUGGUAGUGA